AUGUCAUCUGUUGCCAAAACCGCUGCCACCAAAUUGGACUGGGCAAAGGUCGUCUCAUCUUUGGGAUUGACCGGAUCCACCGCUUCGUCCUUGACUGCUUUUAAGAAGAGAAACGAUGAGGCCAAGAAGGAGAACUUGGCAUUGAAGCAAGAAGCCCACACCGUUGAUUUUAAUCACUACCGUCUGGUUUUGAAGAACCAGAAAGUUGUUGACGAGAUCGAGAAGGCUGUGUCGUCAUUCAAACCCGCCACCUAUGAUGUCAGCAAGACAUUGAAGUCCAUUGAUCUCUUUGAAGAGAAGGCGGUUGAGAACGCCAAAUUGACCGAAAAAUCAGUAUUGGAGGAAAUAAAGCAACUCCAGGAAACUUUGAAGGACAUUGAGUCUGCCAGACCAUUCGACCAAUUGACCGUCGACGAUGUUGCCAAGGCCAGACCUGACUUGGACGAGAAGGUGAACUACAUGAUCAAGAAUGGUAAAUGGGAGGUGCCCGGAUACAAGGAGAAGUUUGGCGACUUGACUGUUAUGUAG